UUGCUCAUCCGAACUGUCAACAGUUGCUAGCUACAUUGUGGUACGAAGGUUGUCCGGGUUUUAGAAGACGGAACAUUGUGUGCAAGCUCCUUAUCACCGUGACGAUAGGGUUUAUGUUUCCAUUGUUGUGUAUCACUUACCUCAUCGCACCAAAGAGUAGUUUUGGAAAGCUCAUACGUAAACCAUUCAUAAAGUUUAUCUGUCAUAGCGCAUCAUAUAUUGUGUUUCUUGUUUUGUUGAUCCUUGUGUCUCAGCGUAUAGAAAUACCAAAUAUAGACAACCGCAGCUCAUCCUUUGUAAAGGAAACCAAAACGGAGCUUCGUGGAGCACCAGCUACCACUAUAGAAUGGAUGAUACUGGCUUAUGUAGCAGGUUUGAUAUGGACAGAGAUAAAACAGCUGUGGGAUGAAGGAGCAGAUGAAUAUUGUCAUGACAUGUGGAACAUUCUAGACUUUGUCACCAAUUCAUUGUACAUUGCCACACUCACACUCAGGGUUAUAGCCUAUUUACAGGUUCAAAAGGAACGGGAGACUGGUCAGAUGGAACAUGCCAAUCUCCAGCGGAGAGAGUGGGACCCGUAUGACCCAAAUCUCAUAGCAGAGGCGUUAUUUGCAGCGGCAAAUAUAUUCAGUUCUUUAAAACUCAUUUAUAUAUUUACUGUGAACCCACACCUUGGACCCUUACAGAUAUCACUGGGGCGUAUGAUCAUGGAUAUCAUGAAAUUUGGAGUGUUGUAUAUGCUAGUGCUGUUGUCAUUUGCAUGCGGGUUAAAUCAUUUACAUUGGUAUUACGCUACACUUCGAUCAGAGGAAUGUCACUUGCAAAGUGACACACAAGCCACACGGUAUACGGCUGCAACAAAUUUACCCUACUCUGAAAUUGACCCAUGUGAUAGGAAGUACAAAAGCUUCGCAAAUUUGUUUGAGAUUAUACAGAGUUUGUACUGGGCUAUCUAUGGCCUUGUUGACCUAGAUCAUCUGGAGCUCGAGGAGCCGCACGAGUUCACAGAGUUCAUCGGCAAACUCAUGUUUGGCAGUUAUAGCUGGAUAGGCUUUGUUAUAUUGUUGAAUCUUCUAAUUGCUAUGAUGAGUAACUCCUACCAGAGUAUCUCAAGCCAGUCAGAUGAAGAAUGGAAGUUUGCUCGCUCAAGAUUGUGGAUCAGUUAUUUUGAUGAGAGUGGAACCCUACCUGCCCCUUUCAACAUUAUUCCCAGCCCGAAAACAUUCUAUUAUAUCUUGCUAUGGUUUCGAGAGAAACUUUUCCUCUGCUCAAAGGACCGCAAACGCAACAGAUGGCAGAGUAUACGGAAAGUUGUGAAGAAAAUAAAUGAAAGAGAAAUCCGGUAUCAGGCUGUGAUGAGAGAUCUGGUAAAGCGAUAUGUGAUGGCUAAACAGCGUAGUCCGCAGCGAGGCGAGGGCGUAACCGAAGAUGAUGUGAAUGAACUGAAACAAGACAUUUCUUCAUUCAGAUACGAACUGUUGGAAAUACUGCGCAAUAAUGGCAUGAAAACACCAAAUUUGAAUUCGGGAAAACCUUCGAAUCGUAGAUUAUCAAGAAGAAAAAAUCACAGGCGCUCAUUAGAAAGCUUGAAAAAGUCAUUUACUAUGAGCAGCCUUGUGGAUGUGACAAACAGCUUGGGAAGUGAACAAAAGAACAAUAUAAGCAGCCUAGGACCUGAUGUACUUAGCUCUUUCAGACCAACACCUGUCAGCAUGGGCUGCUCAAAAGACAUACCUGAAACAAUUGAAGAAGAAUCAGAGAGUCGCCGAGAAAGUAUGGUAGAUGCCAAUAUACGUAGGUCAAGUGCUGGUAAAAAGAUAGAAACUCUGGCUGAUAUUGCACAGAGUUCUGAGGAAUCUAGUAAUUCUGCUACUCUUCUUUCACCUUGGGUUGAGGAAAACAAGACUGGUGCUCAGAAUUCUAGUUUUUGUUAUAGUGAUAUAGACUUGGAUGGGUUAGAGAUGAAUAGUUUACCAGUCAAUGUUUGUGGAUCUGUUAAGGAUGAUACACAAGGCUUUCAGAAAGAGACAUGUGAAUUAGAAACGGACAUCAGUUGCCAAGUUGUUACAGAAGAUGUCAGUGCUGUACAGUACAAUAUGGUGACUGGUAACAGUAAGGUUAAACCAGCUCAAAGUGAAAGUUUAGAAAAGGCAAUAGGAUUUUUACUGGAAUCCAAGUCCAAAAAAAAUAAAACACAUGCACCAGUAAAACGAGUUAAAUUUAACUAUGUAUGACUUGCUGUUGUUAUAACAGAUGAUCAUCUAUUGACAUUGGGAACAUAUUUCAGAUAGUUACAGCUUUAGGCGUUAGUAUUCAUGUUCUAAAAUAUUGUCAGACAAAAACAUUACAGGCCAGGCUGUUUAGAUUAUUACUGAUGCACGCAGCUGUUAUCAAAGUAAACUUCCUUUAUAAGGAACAGUGUUAUUAGGAGUUUCGCUCUGUAGCUUUCAUAUAUGAGAAAAAGGUGGCCAGGAAAAGCUGUUGUGAUCACCCUGUGUCUGUCCUC